ACCUGCGAGGAAGAGUGAGCGCUGGGAAGGGGAGUGCUGGAAGAUGCUGGCGAGCAGCAGGACAAAAAUCUAAACGGAACAUGAUCAAGGACACCAAAACUGACUGGAAAUCAGACUAGAGGGAUGAAGGAGAACACUCUUCUCCAGAAAGUUAAGAAAAGGGGAAAAAAUGGCAUCUGAAAUGUCAGUUAAUCGCAACAUUUUCUAUUGCCUGCUGUGCCAGAAGCCACAGAAAACUCUCUCUGUACACCUGACCAGGCUGUGCAUGAAGGCCAGCACACCAGCGGAGAGAGCCAAGGAGCUGGAGAGGGCCAAGGCAUCCAAUAGGGCCUGGAUGAUGACCAGCAGGACCUGGGACUACAACCAGCUCUGCCAGAUCCUUCCCGAUAGGAGCUCUCGCACCAAUAUGGUGAAGGAGCUCCUUCAGCGUGGGUUUUUCAUCAAAAACCAGCCCACAGAACCGGAAACAGAUGUUGUGAGCCAGUCCACAGAACCGGAAACAGCUGUCGUAAGCCAGCCCACAGAACCGGAAAAAGCCACCAUGUCUGCCAUUCCUGACAGCGCUGCUAUUUUGAGAGCUGCCAAACCUGAAUUCUUGCGAGUCUGCAUGAAACUGCAAAACAACAUUGAGGUCCUUAGUAGUGAGAAGGUGCUCUUCCGCUAUUAUUGUGAGGCUAUCUUGAUCCACCACUACUUCCAAAGCCCUGGAGCGGUGCAAGCCUUCACAGAUUCAGAAUGGGUGGACCGGCUUCACCACGGUGGCAGAGUUGUGACUGGCGUCCACAGCCAGAAAGCGAUGUUUGCCCUCACUCUUCAAGAGGAAGUGUGGUUUCAGCUGUAUUUUGUGCAGAUCAGGCCUGAAAACAUCCGGCCUGAGAAGUGCUGCAACCAGUUUUUUCUUAACUCUUCUGGCGAGGCUUUGAGCAAUGUCGCACAAGACAUGAGACGCCUGCAUGACAUGUUUAAGCUGCCCUUGGGCAGCAGUCAGUUUAUGCGGAAGACUCUUCGGAUUUCUGCAAAAAACCUGCCUACACACCAGCGAGACGCCAUUACACUUUAUCUGGCCUGCAGUUCUGGAGACCCACACCAAACUCACAGAAGGCUGCAGCCUCAGCAGGUUGUUGACACGGCUGUGCUGCUGGACUCCUUGGUGGGCUUUUCGAUAGAAGACGAGAGCCGUGCAGUGGCUGAAACCAGCGAGGAGAUCGAGCCAGUGAAAGACUUCUCAUCAUUUAUUUCCAGUUUUCCAGUCUCCCGUGGAGGUCAGCCACCGACUAAGAUGCAGCGGCUCAAUGCCGGAUUUCCUGAUGACCGUGUGUUUUAUGAUAAGUGGAGAACCGUCCAGUAUAACCAGAGACAGGAAUAUCUGUUGUCACAAUUCACACAGAGUAAACCAACAGCUGUCACAGUGGCAAAGGUUAUUGGACAAGAGGGGUGGAAAGGCAAUCACCCUAAGCCUGAGGAGAUUGUGAGCCUUUGGAAGCCGGCUCUCAAGGUGACCAUCGAGAAAGAUGAAAUUAUCAUCAAGUCUGUUUCGCAGCAGAGCUGGUCAGGCCUUGCCAUUAAGGACUUUGGUCCUGUGCGGGGUCAAGGAGUGGUUGCAACCAAGCGCUUUUCCAAAGGUGACAUUGUCUGUGAUUACCAUGGGAAGGUCAUCUCUGGCACCAGUGGAAGACAGAUAAUGGAAGACAUCAGAGAUAAAAGCGGCUACCUUUUCUUUUUCAAAGCAGGACAGAGGGACUUCUGCAUUGACGCGCGGACCUUCCCUUGUGAGUGCCAUCCAGACAAAGUCUCGUUUGGGAGAAAAAUCAAUCACUCAUCCAAGAUGGCAAACCUUAAGCUGGUACACUGUGUGAUGAAAAUCAAUGGGAAGGACACUGAUGUUGUGCUUUUUAAAGCACUGCAAGACAUCGACGUGAACACACAUUUAAAAUUUGACCAUAAAUUUAUUUCUUUUUAAAUUAUUAUAGGCCAUGCAAAGGACAGCUGAUCAGGGCAUUACUGUGUGUUUCGAUGCUAAAAAGAAAACCCAUAGAUGUGAAAUUGGUCUGUGGCCUAAAAGAACUCUCCAGAAAGUUUGCAGUUCUAGGGAAAAAUAAGAGUUCUGUUAUAAGGUAUAACAUGCAAAUACAUGUGGUUUUCACUGAGUUCUGUUUCUUAAUUGUCUUGAAGAUAUUAAAAAGAUGUGCAUUUGUUAUGCUGGAAUCUUUAUAAACUGAACUUCAGAAUUCCCUGUACUUAAAUGUGCAGAACUCUGUUCAAACAACAGCAUAUCUUUUUACGUUAUAUGUAAACUCCUGCUGACCAAAGAAUGUUUGAGGAGCUCUCCGGACUCAGGUCAUGGGAUACUGGGGACUGGGUUGAACUGCUGCAAACUAACUUAAAAUAAAACAGGGAAAACAUGA